CGUCAAUUCAUAUCUAAAGUUUUGCCACAUCUUGUUCAAAUUAGAUAAUUGUAGCCCGGGGUCAUAAUUUAAGAUGAUAACGUAUCAGUUUUGCUUGGAAAAUGCAAUUGGGAAAUGGGCACAUAUGCACACUAAACGCACACCAAUAGGAAAGCACAACAGGAAAGGAAUAACGUUGUAAUAAAAAAAUAAUUAUUUCUUCUGAUUUGUGGAGUUUGUCACUAGAUUAGAUACGGUCAAUCAGUUAUGAACUUAGAAGUAUUAUUUGUAAUGAUGUUUGGGUAUUUUGUGAACACUGUGGGCAUGGAGGGGGCUCGCUGAGCGAUCGAUCGCGAUAGCGGUAAUUGAAUGCGUAAUUGGUCACGUGGUCAGCUACAUCAGAAAAUGGCGGACAGUGCAGAACUUGCGUGCGAUUCGUAAAUAUAAUGCCGAAAUCGUGUUUCACCGCGAAGCUUGUGGAUCUCAAACCUAAGUUAGGUGUGCGUUAGGUUACCAGGCACCCGCUAGCAGCCGAUAAUUUGUAUUUCAAGAUGCCGAGGGGACGUGGACGUCCGCCUAAGUCACUUGUUGAUUCGUUGGACGAGACGCCGGGAAAUGCAAAGAAAUCUGGUGGAGGAGCCGGAGUUGGACGGGGCAAUGAUGGCCAGAGCAACGGCUCCAGCCCUGCAAGUUCUCGCUGUAGCACGCCGGUAAGUCAAGCCAGCAGUACCGGCGCAGUUGGCCGAGGGAGAUCCCCGAGAUUACGUGAAGCUGCGAGGCGGAGCAAGCGGCUAAUUCAAGAGGUCAUAGAGGCUCAAAGAAGUCCCCAGGCUAAGGCAAGUCCAUCAAGCAGUAGCACACCAAGUACUGGAAAGGGGCCAGGAAAAGGGAGAGGGAGAGGUAAGACUCCCUCAGCACAGAGUAAACCGGGUGCAAAAUCAAAACAAAAAGGGAAAGCGAAAGGAAAAAAGGCAAGGCCGAAAUAUGAAAGUUCAGAUGAAGAGGGAGUUGAUUUCAAUGAGGAAUUGUUGCAAUCUUCGUCAGAAGAUGAGAUUAGUUCAAAUAGUUCGCAGUCUGAAAUACCAGAUGAGGAUGAAUUAGAAGAACUAGAAGAAGACGACAGUGACGACAGCAGCACGGCUGCCAAGAAGAGGUUAUUACUUUCACGGACAAAUCGGCCUUUCGCAUUGCCAUUCCUGGAGGCAGAGCCAGAGGAAAUUCCUCCGCUUGAACUUCCAAAAUCUAGCACAGACCUCCUUAUCGACAAUGAGGAUAUGAUGAAUGCUCUAUCUGUGUAUGAAGUUCUCAGGCAUUUCAGUCAACAGUUAAGACUCUCUCCAUUCCGUUUUGAGGAUUUUUGUGCAGCUUUGUGUAGUGAAGAGCAAUGUUUGCUCCUAGCAGAAACCCACAUUGCUCUGUUGUACAACCUUGUGAAGGAAGAUGAAAGUAGCAGUACAACGUUUGGUCCUCAAGACCAGCGAGACAGUAUCAAUGUCCAGUUCUUGUUUCUAGAUAAUAUGACAUGGUCUGAAGUUGCAAGAGCUUAUGUUGAAAGUGACAAAGAAUUCCACGGUGCAUUAAGUGCUCUAGAAGGAGAAAACUACCCUUUCGCUCCCGUGAGUGACAAAUUAACAGUGUUGCAUCUCCUUUGCGACCAGUUUCUGGCAUCGAACAGAGUGCGUGAAGAGAUUCUGAGUGAAGGUGCAAUAACCUAUGACGACCAUUGCAGGUCAUGUCAUAAAUUGGGAGAUUUAAUAUGUUGUGAGACAUGUUCAGCCGUUUAUCACUUGGAAUGUGUGAAUUUGGUGGAAGUACCAGAGGAAGACUGGAUGUGCUCGGUGUGCAGGCAGCAUCGCGUUCUUGGUGUCUAUGACUGUAUCUCAGAGGUGGAGAAGAGUGGACUCCUCAUUCGACAGGAACCCUUGGGUUAUGACAGGCAUGGCAGAAAGUACUGGCACUUUGUUAGGAGAAUUGUUGUUGAAGGUGAAAAUGAGCUAUAUUACUACUCCACCAAGCUUCAACUUGAAGAAUUGAUGCAUUCUUUGGAUGCAACAAAAUGGGAGGAGGACUUGUGUCUUGCACUGCAGGAUUGUAUGGCGGAGAUCCUUGACCAGAUGCAGAGGACAGAGGAGCUGACCAACAGCGCAAGGGGUAACCAGAAGUCAGUGCUUCAGAAGUCAACAGAUGAAUUGAAUGCUCUGAAGGCCGAACGAGAAGAGGCACUAAGGAAAGCAGAAGAGGAGAAGCGAAGGCUGGAGGAAGAAGCUGUCAUCGCGCAGGCCCAGGAGGAGGCAAGAUUGAAGCAGGAGGAUGAACGGCAAGGGGAGAAAGAGGAUGAAGAAAAAAUGGAGGUUGAUGAGGCGGAAAGUUCAAACAAGUCUGUUCAGGAGGAAGUGGUUGGUGAUUCAGAAACCAAAGAAGAUGAGACAAGAGAGGAGACGGGGAUUAGAAGUGAGGAGCAGAUGGAGCAAGGAGAUAAACUUGAUACCAAUCAAUCUGAACGUGACCCAGAUUCCGAGCUAUCAGAAAAGAAAGAGGAAGGGGAUAAAGAGAGCAGAGAUGAAGCUGAUCAGAAGAGUAAAACUAUUGUCAUGACACGGUCAAGAAAUCCCAACUACAAACCCCCUCCCCCUAAAGCCACUCCUUAUCUAACGUACACUACAAGCAUUCCAACUCGUACAAACACUUCCCUUGUAACGGGCAGACCAAGGACCGAAGAGACACUCGUCAUUAAUUCCAAGGGAGAGAUUAAUCGCAUUGGUGGAGAUGACUCCAGUAAGGGUGUUUUGACGAGGAGUGCCAUGCGUCCAGAAUCUCUCUUCAAGCUUGGCAUGGAGGGGACGUAUAAAUCGUACAAGAAUCAGUUCACCACCAAUCGACUUGCCCUCAACAAACCCCAGCACGCUGAGGAGCGUGAUCGCAAACGCUACCUUGUCAACAAGUUCAGUCUGACCCCUGCAGCUGAGUUCAAGUGGCACGGGAGCACCAACAGCAAUCGCAUGCUCACCAUAUCUACGCUUCGUCUCACUACCACGCAGCUAGAGAGCAACAUCCCCAGGGCUCUCAUGCACACCAACUGGACGGUCCAUCGGAACAACUGGAUCAAAGCCGUCCACAUGUGCUCCAAGCCUCAUGCCUUUGCGCUUGCCCUCUCUGUCUUGGAAUGUGCCAUCAAACCUGUGGUGUUCAACUCCUACUUUGCAGAUGGACUAGGUCACGUCAGAAUGGUGAGGACUACAGCUAUGGAUAAGGAGGAGAGGAAGAAGAUUGACAAGAAGAGGAAGGAUGACGACAUUGAAGAGAUCCAAACGAACUGUAGUUGGGUGAAAUACUGCUUCCCUAUCAAGCAUCAGGUGUGGAAGAUGAAAGGCGAGGAGUAUCGUAUCUAUGGCGGGAGUGGUUUUGGUUGGCAUAGCUCCAUCAGGAAGAGGCGCCCCUUGCCCCCACCUAGUCCGGCUAAGAUUGGUCUUGACAGGUGUAUCAAAGCAGCCAAAGCUGCUGGAAAGUGGGGCUACCCACCAGUUGACAACCCCAAGAUGGAAGAGGAGAUGGACACCAGUGAGGACAAAGUGCCAUCUGCAGAGACAGAAGAGGCAGGUACCCAGAAGAAAGAGGAGGGCAAAGAACCAGUUGCAGGAGCCACUGAUGAUGCAGAGGAGCCUGAAAAUAGUGAAAAGGAGAUUGAGAUGCCUACGGAAGUGACUGAAGAGAAGAUGGAUGCCCAGGCAGCUGAUAAUGAGGUGAAAAUGGAUAUUGAUAUGACAAAAGAAUCAGAGCAGAGUGAGAAGGCAAAAGAAGACAAAUCAAGGAUGAAUGAGGGCAAGAUCCAAACAACCAAUGAUUCAUCCCCUAAUGAUAGCUUGGGAUCUAGUGGGUCGGAUAAAAACAAGAAGGAUCCUGAUGACACAUCCAUACAGAAUUCUUGCGAAGAAAAGGCAGAAAAUGAAGACAAGAUGGCAGAAUCAACAGAUGUUGGAGGGAAAGUUCUUGGAAUAGUUGCGAAGAAACCACAUCAAAUUACGGAUGAGCUUAACAUUUCCAUUGCAUUGAGGAAUCACACUGUGUACAGGAAGAUUCCUUACAAGUCCAGACUGGAGGGACUGUUAGAGAGUCGUUCCAAACAGCACUUUGAGGAGACAAUAAAGUUCAAGUCAGAGAUUGGGAAGUAUGCCAAACAACAAAAGUUGGUGGAGGAGAAAGAGCAAAUGCUGAAGGUCCUGAAGGCAAAGCUUGCUGCUGGUGGUGACAUCAAGGCUGUGCAGGGUGUUGUAGAAGGUAUGAAGCAACAGAUGGAAGUCAGGAGAGCAAGAAAACCCCAGGUGUAUCGUCAGUCAUCGACAGCAGAUAAAACUUCUCUGUCUGGUAAAGUAACCAGUGCUGCCAAUGUGAAAAAUAAAAAGGAACCUUUACCUUCUCAAGCAAUUCCAUCAAAAAGUGCCCAACCAACUGAAUCUGCUCCUGCAAAAUCCACACCUCUAGCUCCGAUGCCAUCUGUAAAAUCAGAAGAUGCUCCAACCCCACCAACUGCUUCAGAGAAAUCAAAACUGUUGAAUGAUAUUAAAGAACUAAAUGAUGUUUCAAGUAGUAGUGAAUCAACUCAAAAACCUACCAUGAGUGUAGAAACGCCCGCAAUAGAGACAUCUGCAACAAUAUCAGGGGUUGGUCAGACUGUUGUGGCAAAAUCGAUUAUACAAGCGGAAGAAACUAUAACAGAUAAGACUGAUCAGCAGGCUAGUGUUGCUCCUAUAGUGCCUCCAGUUUGCAUUCCACAAUCAGAAUUGACAUUGGGAGCAAUGGAUGGAAGUCUUACUGAACCAGCUGAGUUGAAAACCCAAAGUACAUCAGAUGUCCAGGAGCCAUCUACAACACUACUUGCCAAAAAUUCUUCUUCCAAUCAAGAUACUUUCAAGGAAAUGCUCACCAAUACAGAUGAAAGAUUACCAUCGGAACAGUUACCUCCUAAGAGUCCUAAACAUUCUAGCAGUGAUGAAAUGCAGAGUGCACCAGGUGUUCAAAUUGGGGAACACAUAGACACAACUCUUUCAUCAUCCGUGGAAGUUGAGACUCCAGGGAGGAGUCCAGAGGAAAAAGAACAGAUGAUGGAAACUAGUGCCAAGUCUUUGGAAAAUGAUUCGCCCAGAAAUCCUAUCAUAUUGACAGAUGAUACCUUGAGAGCUAGGCCUUCAGAAAUUCCUCCAGUGAAAUCUGAAAACAGCUUGAUUGAGGAAGCUGAAGUGAUUUCUGCUGAACAAGAACCUCAGCUUUCACAAGAAAAACUGAGAGAUGCUGCUCUGCUGAAUAUGGACAUUCCAAUGGAUCAAGAUCAGCAGGAUGAAACUGCCUCUUUGUCAGAACCAGUGCCAAUGGAUCAGCAACCCACUGAAACACCACAGGCAGACAAGCAAGAAGAUUUGGCUUCAGGUGCUUUGCAUCAACCCUCGCCACCUGCAAUGGAGAUAGAUCAACCCCCUCAAGAGAUAGAAUCUACAAAGGAAAGUGUUGUUCAUCCCGAAAAACAGAACUUAGAGAACAUGCAGCAUAAUCAUCUUGAUAGUGUUUCAUUAUCCAACGAAACAGGAACUAUUGUAUCCAUGGAUUCCGAACAUCUUGAGAGUGGUCUUUCACAACCAGAAAUGGUUGAAUCAAGUUGUGAUGGAGAAAGGACUAAGCAAGCUAUUUCAGACACAUCCAUGCUUGAAUGUAUGCCAUCACCAUCAAGUGGUGUUGGUGGCACUGUAACUGAAAUUAUUGAGGAAAGUGCAAAGUCCCUUGGAACAAAUUUGUCUACUUCAAAUAAUAACAGUAAUAUAGUUGCUUCUGGACUCUUCCAUUCCUCAGAUCAUGCAGAUCUACAAGAGCCAAAGUGUGAAAGAUUGCCACCACAGGAUAUCUCCAUGCAACAUCAUGAAACUGAUUGUAUAAGUGCAGAUGUAAACAUUUCGGAACCUAAUGACAAGGCAUCUAUCUAUGAGAAUGUGAAUUGUGUGGAUAGUUCUCUUGCUGCAGAGACCAAAGUGAAUCCCAUCUUAGGAAUGGACCAUAAUAAUGUUGGAGUGGCCAAAGAUGUCCUUCCUCCAUUGCAGGGAGAUAACAUCAAUGUUAGUCCAGAACAAGGCGAAAUCAAAGCCACAAUAGACAUGGAAGGGGAGCCCAAUGUAGAGAGUGAACAAUUAAACAAGGGCAACAUGAACAUUCAUUCUUGUGAACUGCCUGAAAGAACUUUACAUGAAGAAACAGAGCUCACACCAUCUGUUGAGCAAGAGCAUGCUUUAGAUACGGGUCCUGUCCAAAUAUCGGAUAGCUCAAGAGAUGAACAGCUCAUUAACACUGUGAAUGAUAAUGCAUGUGUCAACACAUUGCCAGAUUCUGCCAACGAUAAACUGAUAGAAACAGAUGCUGCUGUUAUCAGUGAUACAGAUCAACAGAGUUUGAAACAUGUGCAAGAGUCUACUGUGUUGGAAUCAAUGCAAUCUGUUGAGAGUACAAAGGUAGUUCCAGAUCUCUCGACGGCGGUCAAGUAUGAGAAUCAAGAGAACACAAUGGAAACAGAUACUGAAGCUGCACCAUGUGACAUGAAACAACCAAGUGAACCUCUUGAUGAGGAUGUCAAUGUUGCAGUAUCAACUACUAUAGAAGGCCCACAAAUAGAUACUAGUAAUACGAUAAGUGAAGUCCCUUUGAUACAAAGCAAAGAAUCUGAUCUGCAACUGAAGGACGAUUGCUCUCAAGUGACAUCAUCUGUUGAUGCUACAUCAUUUCAGGAUGCUUCUCAGAAAACUAAGAUUGAGAGUUUAGAUGAAUCAAUGGAAGUUGAGGCUUCAAAUGUAUCAAGAACUAAUGUUUCCACUCAAGGAAACUUUGAACAAUGUGAAACUCAUGUGGAAAGCCCUAUGGAGACAGAUACUCUAUUGACUAAUGUGAAAGUAACUGAACAUGAAGAAAGAAAAGUCCGUGUGACUUCCGAGAUUAAACAGUCACAAGAAGUUAAAACCUCUGAAAGUAAGGUUAUUAAUGAAGUCGACAUGGAUGCAGUCCAAGAUGUACCUGCAACUACCAUUUCUGUUGUUGUGACAGAGAAAUCAGAGACUGUUAUGACAACUGUCACAAAAACCACUACAACAACCACGUCUACCACGAUCAGCCGUGAAUUGAAAGAACUCAUUGCCAGCAACACAACCACCACCACAACAACAGAGAGUAUUGUCAGCAAGAUUGACACCUCGGUCACCCAGACCAUGAUUCAGGCAGAGAUCAUCAAACUGGAGAGUGCUUUGAAAGAAGAGUUGGCUGCCAUUCCCAAACCACGGAGAACCAAUGACCGUGUGCGCCUUGAGAAAGGACCAAAGGGAAGGCGUCCCAUCAAGCGCCUUGCCAAACCCUUGCCCAUCUGCUAUAUGUUCUCCACUCGCAGCAGGAAGAGAAGCAUCUUGGUGUUGCCUCAGCACAAUCUCAGGCGUCUCAGCAGACGUGGAGGUAAACUUGAAGUAGAAGGCUACAUAUCCAACACCAAGAAUGUAGGAGACUUCUGGCCUUACCCUUGUGCCCGUCCAUCCUUCAAGAUCUGCUGGAGGUAUCGACUGCAGACUGUGAAGUCGCUGUCAGCCGUGAGUCUGCUGCUUCGUAUCUUGUGGGCUUGCAUACGAUGGGAUGACAUCAACAUUAAACCACCCAACAACAAUGGUGUCACUAUCAUCAAUACGGAUAGAGAAAGGAUCACGUCAGAGAUCAUAGAUCGGCGGGAUGUUACAACAAGUGGUGUCAGAUCUCAGUACUUGGUGCGCAAGAUUAUUGUACCCAAAGAGACUUCCUUCUCCACACCAGAGGUGCACAAACCCCAGCGAUCUGGUCUAAGAUCAAGCAUCACACCCUCACGGAGAGUGGUCCCAGAGAAACCAAAAGGUCCACAGACCAUCGAGGUAUGGGUCCCAGAAGAAGAACUAGAACUGUGGGAAGUUCAGCAGUUCUGUGAGAGGCAAUUGAAGCAACAGGCCAGGGAGAAAUACAAGGAGAAAGAAGCGCGUGAAAAGGAAGCCAAGGCGUUGGCCCUAAAGAGCACCCACAACAAGGAGAACGAGACUGCCGUCAGACUGGCCGUGACACCCAAGGGAAGCAAGGUGACCAUACCUACUGUCAAGGGCUCCAAGUCGGUAGCUGAGCAGGUGAAGCAGGAGUUAGAAGAACAACUCAAAAACCAGAGGUUGCAGAUGCAACAGAAGCGCCUUGGUGUAUCCAGCCAAGGUGCCAAGGUGAUUGUAACUGUCGCUAAGGCAGGGGCACCUAAGACAACCAUCUCCAUGGGUAACAUAGCAUCAAUGGGAGCCAAGAAUAAAAGUUUACCCCCGGGUACUACAAUACAGUACAUCUCAGGACCAGGUGGAACCCAACAGGCGCGCAUCAUCACCGCCAACAACCCUGCAGCUGCGGGUCAAGCCCGUUACGUCAUCACCAACUCCCCCGGCGCUGGGGGUGCCGGUACUCUGAAGGUCAUCAAGCAGAUGCCUCUACCUGGUGUAGCCAGCGCCGCUGGUGGUGCACAAUCCACCACCAUCAUAGCUCCCAAUACUCCAGGCAAGGUAACGGCCAUCAAACCCGCCGGUGUACAGCAGAUUGCACCUGGAGGCACGGUCCCUAUCGGUGUGAAGGUGCAGGCACCAACCACCGCAGUGGGUGCUACAACGGUGGCUGCAACCACUUCUCCAGCUCAGGGUCAGCCCCAGUUGACCGGUCAAGCCCAGGUCUUCAGCAACCAAGCCCAGGUUCUGCAGGUUGGCGGGCAGAAGUUUGUCAUCACACCCGCCCAGGUCCAGGUCCAAGGAACAGGCCAGAUGAUCCCAGCCCAACUCAUCCAGACCCAGACCAGUCAAGGAGCAGUUCUUCAGAGGCUGGUCUUGACGCCUAAUGCUUCCCAAGGAUCUACCCCAGGAAGCAUACCCCAGGUGAAUCUCCAAGCAGCCGUGCAGGCAGUUCAGCAGACUCAGCAAACUCAGAAGCAACAAGCAGCAGCGGCUGCUGCAGCUGUGACCACCAUCACUUCACCGGCGAACCUAGUGGCUCAACAACAGAGGCUGGCCCAGAAACCUGUCCAACAACCACAGAUUACCAAGAUUGCCAGUCUCCCGCAGCAGCCCCAGAUCUCCAUCAAAUCCCACAACCUGAACACCAACCUGCCUCAAUCACCUCAGGCUAAACCUAUCCGUCUAGCCCAGACCCAAGGGGACAACCUACUCAUACAGAAGACAUCGACAGGAAUGACUUCGAUAUCCCCAAUAAGACCUGGGGUGCAGGUAGCAGCUUCAGGACCAUCAACCAGUGGUGCUGCUGGGGUGGUGGGAAACCAGGUCCUAUCUGCUCUUACUCCGCAACAACAGGUAAACCUGAUCAAACAGCAACUGGAGCUCCUCCAGAAAGCUAAGCAAGGACAAGGUCAAACACCGUUAGCAGCCAUCCAAGCGCAUAAGCAGUUCACACCCGAUCAUCUCAGGGUUACUCAAAAGAAGCAACAGUCGAGACAGCAGAUGCAGGAGCAAUAUCGGAAACAGUCAAAGGAGAAGGAAAAAACACAAAGAGAACAUGCAUGUCAGAUGGUAAUGAAAUCAAUGUUGGAUCGUAUUGAGAAAGAGGAGAGACAGAAUCGGAAGAGGAAACUCCUAGCAAUGAGGCAGGAGAGAGAGGAGAUCGUCAAGAAGAAGGCUCUCCUUGAUACCCGUAAAGACAGGCUCAGAGAAGUCAUACUGCUCAAACGCAGUCAGCUAGAGAAGAGACUCAAGAUGGAUGUUUAUAAUGAGGUCAGGAGAGAGAGGUGGGCCGAGAAGAGGAGAGAGAAGGAAUCGAAAGGCUUGAUCAAACCUAAGAAGGUCAAGACCGAUGACGCCGGCGGCGCUUCCAGGUCGGUCAACGUCCAGAAGACAUCAGCGGCCACUGCUGCUAGGAAGAAGAUUGCCAAGGCCAGGGCCCAGAAGAAGAUGAAUGCGAGUAAGAAGUCCAAGGCAGUCCAUGCUGCCAAGAAGGCAAAGGCUGAAGCGGAGAUUAAAGAGCGUGAAGAAGCCUCAAGGCUCAUCAGAGAGACCAUGCAGGAAGGUCCGACUGCUUUACCUAAGCCAGCGGAUGCUGCUACAGGUGCUGCUGCAGGAGACACUCAGCUCUUCUGUAUAUGCAAGACACCCUAUGAUGAAACCAGGUUUUACAUUGGUUGUGAUGUUUGUCAGAACUGGUUCCAUGGCACCUGUGUCAAGGUCUCCGAGAAGACAGCUGCGAGCCUCAAGGAAUACGUGUGUGACGAAUGCAAGACCAAGAAGCAAGAAGUCGAGGAGGAACUCUACUGCAUCUGUAAACAGCCAUAUGACGAAGCACAGUUCUACAUUGGUUGCGACCGAUGCAACGAUUGGUUCCAUGGCCACUGCGUUGGUAUUUCCCAGGAGGAAGCAGAAGGUAUUGAUAACUACAUCUGUCCAGGGUGCAAGACAACAACCAUUCAAAACCUGGCUAAACAGAAGACCUUGACUGGCAAGGACUAUGACCAUCUCAAGAAGAUGCUUAGACAACUCCAGAGUCACAAGAUGGCUUGGCCUUUCUUGGAACCAGUGAGCGAAUUAGACGCACCGGAUUACUAUGAUGUCAUCAAAGACCCCAUGGACCUCUCAACGGUGGAGGACCGCCUGAAGAACAAGCAUUACGUCAAGCUGAGUGACUUUGCUGCCGACAUCGGCAAGAUCUUUGACAACUGCCGCUUCUACAACCCAACAGACACACCAUACUACCAGUGUGCCGACGUCUUGGAGAAGUUCUUCAUCCAAAAAAUGAAGGCUCUCAAGUAAGAGACCACAUGUAAAUAGACCUUGAUUCCUUUAUUCAUCUUUCAUAUUUAUGCCAAUUAAUGUUUAUAUUUUUCCUUCCAGGAAGGCUUUCUCUGUAUGGCUGAUGUGUAGUUUGUAUAUUAGUUCACCCCCCCCCCCCUCUGUAUCCUUAGUUUCCAAUGCAACAUACCAAUCCUGUGUACAUUACUUUAGGAACAGUUUAAAGUGAGGUAUUGUAAGUAAUAUUGACUGUAUUUAUAAUGUGAUUUGCUGAUUUUUCUUUUCAUUUGAAGUUAAUUUGUAGAACAUUCUUUUUUAUUUUAAUUAUUCAUAUAAUAAUAUCGUAAUUUGAUGGUCCAUGCUUGAUGUACAUAGAAUUAAUGCAGAGGUUUAAUUUGUUUUCUGGGCCAAAUCUUCACCAAUUUGAACUUAAUGUACAAUACCAGCUAUUUUUUUCACUUUUAAUACUUCAUAGACAACAAAGAGCAAUUGAUUCAGUCCUCGGAAUAUAUUGUUCUGUCUAUUGCUCUUUUUUUGGAGAGUGUUAAAGGGUCAUACAAUGCUGACUGGGGAGUGUUUCAUCAACAUUUUCAUCCGACAAGUUGUCAGAUCCGACAUCUUUCUCUGAUGUUGAUUGGCUGAG